AUGGGACUAAAGAUCUUACGGGAUAUUGCAAGUAAGAUCAUCAACGUAGAGUUUUUUGCAGUUAUGGUCGAUGAAACAGCGAAUGUAUCGAACACUGAACAACUUGUUUUAUGCAUAAGGUUGGUAGAUGACAAUUCGAAUGCCCAUAAGGAAUUCAUUGGGCUGCAUUCAUUAGAGGUCACCAAUGCUGAUACUAUCGUUGCCGUGAUUAAAGAUAUAUGGCUGAGUAUGAACAUUUCUUUGAACAAAUGUCGUAGCCAAUGGUAUGAUGGAUGUUCGACAAUGAAGGGACAGAAAUCGGGAGUCGCAAAGCAGAUCAAAGACAUCGAGGAGAAAGCUUUAUUUACUCAAUGCUACACACACUCACUCAACGUGGCAGUAGGUGACGCAAUAAAGAACAGUAACGUGAUGAAGGAUGCUCUCGAAACGACAUUUGAAAUUACAAAGCUGAUUAAAAAAUCACCAAAGAGAGACGCCAUACUUGAUGCCAUCAAGAAGGAAGCUGCAACCAUCAACUCCAACGAGAAUCGAAUUGAAACUAUAACGUUGUUAUGUCCAACUCGCUGGACAGUUCGUGCCAAAUCCUUAGGAACCAUAUUGAGAAAUUACACAUAUCUAAAGGAACUUUGGGAGUGGGUUGUUAAUAAUUGUUCAGAUACCGAAAUGAAAGCUCGCAUCCGGGGUGUUGAUGCUUGUAUAAGAUCAUUUGACUAUGUUUUUAGUGUUUAUUUGGGAGAACUUAUCUUGUCUCAUAGUGACAAUUUAAGUAAAACGCUUCAAAGUUCUACUCUAUCAGCUGUACAGGGCCAAGAUUGUGCCAAUUUGACUAUCAAAAAUGUCAGCUCAAAAGCCAAAUCAUUGGACGUGGAUGAACCGAAACUUCCAAGAAAACGCGGUACUCCGAAGAGGUUAGAAGAUUUCCAUGGUUAUGGACCUGCCAAGCCAAUUCAACUUGAUAAACCAAAAGAUCUCUACCGCAAGCACUAUUACGAAGCCCUGGAUCAUGUUGUGAAUUGCAUCAAAGAAAGAUUCAAUCAAGAAGAUUAUCGAAAAUAUGCUGCGUUUCAAGAGCUUAUUCUCAAAGCUGCCAGAAAACAGCCGUUCUCUACCGAGUUGGAGGAGGUGCUACAGUUUUACAACAGCGAUUUCGAUGGAUCUCUUUUGAAGUCAAAGUUAACAAUGUUCGAGGAAGACUUUCCCAAAAUUAAUUCAGAUGUAAAUUUCACUGAUGUGGUGAAGUAUUUAAAAGGUCUUCAUGUUGGCAAAAAACACUUUUCUCUGAAGUAUUUUGACUCGCAAAAUUAA